AUGGCUCCUUCACAUUUGAACCUCAAAUCCCAUUUCCAUGCUCGCUCAAACAGCUUGCCAUCUAGAUCGCACCCUCUUGUUUCUCAGAUAGAUGAGCUUCUCUGCAGGUUGAGGGCCACAGAAGUUACCUCUUCUUCAACAAGCAACUGUGUGAAUGGCCUGACGGAUUUGUAUGAUUUAGUCAACAAUUUCCUCCUACUUCCUCUCACACAGCAAGUCUUAGCCCAAGAAUGCAAUGGAAGGCAGGUUGAUGAGUUGCUUGAUGAGUCUCUCAAGCUCAUGGAUGUAUGCAGCACCACCAGGGAUGCCUUGUUGCAGAUCAAGGAAGACGCGCAGCAACUUGAAUCCAUUCUUCGAAGAAGAAGAACCAAUGAAUCCGUGGUUUCAAACCAGGUUGGACAGUACUUCAGCUUGAGGAAGAACGCAAACAAGGUGAUUCGCAAGUCCUUGAAAUAUUCAAAGAGUUCAAGCACAGUCCUGGACAAUGAAACUGCAGCCACCAUCAGCCUGUUAAGAGAGGUGGAAGGAGUUACCUUCAGAGUGUUUGAAUUGCUUUUCUCAUACAUUUCCGGGCAUCUGAAGCCAACCGGGUGGUCCCUGAUUUCCAAAUUGAUGCACUCCAAACGCCUUCUCUUGGAGGAGAAUGCAACAGAAUGCAAUGAAUUUGAGCAAGUGGAUGCAGAAUUGUACAAUCUUCUUGGCCACAAGACCAGAAAAUGCAGCAGCAACGGUGCGGAGAAUGCAGUAAAUGUGUUGGGGAAACUAGAGUCCAGUAUUCAAGACCUUGAAGAAGGCAUGGAAAAUCUUCUAAGGCGCCUGAUCAAAGCUAGAGUGACCCUGCUCAACAUUAUCAACCAUUAG